UUUAUCUUGCUGGAACAUCCGUUGGAUAAACUGAAAUUUUAAUACGACUCAGUUCUUAGCAAGGUUUUAAAAAUUACAGAUUUGUAAAUUCAACAAUGCCGCCCAGUUUUAUACGUAUUUUUUGUUAUUUAGGAAUUUUCAGUGAAAUAUUUUUAGUUCCGGUUUUUUCGAGUAUAAUAACUUGUCCUAAAAUUCAUCUUGAAAAUGGUACUGUAAAAAGAAGAAAUAGAGGAAAAGUGGUACGGUUUUUCUGUUUACGAGGCUAUUUAUUAGCUGGAGAAAGAUACAGUACAUGUAUCCGUGGGAAAUGGGAUCCGGAACCUCCCAGAUGUGUUCGUCCAACUUGUAAAGCUGUCAAUCAAAAACCUGGUAUCGAAAAUCUUCUAAUCUAUCCAACACACAGUGGCGCCGUUCAACAUUUUUUUUGUAAAGCUGGGUAUAAGCUAAAUGGAGCACAUGAUGUUUAUUGUGAUGGCGAUAAAUGGAGUGAUAAUAUGCCAACGUGUUUAGCUGUAAAUGAGAAACCUAAAUUAAGUUGUGAUUUUGAAACGACCGAUUUAUGUGGUUGGACACAUGAUUUGAAUCAUGAUUUCGAUUGGCGAAGAGAAAAUUUCAAAACUCCGAGCGGAAAUAUAGGUACAGGACCAAGUUUCGAUCAUACAAAAGGUCCAGGUCAAAAUGGUUAUUACAUGUACAUUGAAUCAUCGUCUAGAACGGAAAACGAUACGGCGAGAUUGAUUUCCCCCGUAUAUGAUACUAUAAACGAAGAAAUUUGUUUCGAAUUUUAUUAUCACAUGUAUGGCGCUACUAUUGGCACUUUACGUGUUUAUUUGAAAACAAUUAAUCAAAGUUGGAAUUUACAACCGGAUUCGGCGUUUUUCGUCAAAAAAGGAAAUCAAGGAAACAUAUGGUAUCGAAGUUAUCACUAUUUGGGAAAUAUAACGAAUUCUUUUCAGAUAGUAAUAGAAGGUAUUAGAGGAAAUGGUUACGUAAGUGAUAUAGCUAUAGACGACGUUAAAAUAAUUCCUGGUUGUACAGCCGAAGACGAGACAACUACCAUAUUAGACACAAGUACUUACAACGAACUAUUUCCGACAAUUGACAGUUGUGAGAAUCGAUGUGAUCAAAAAGAAAACGAAUCGAGUAGUUUCUAUCAUUUGAGAUGUGAUUGCGAUCAAGAUUGUGGCGAUAAUAACAGAUGUUGUCCGGAUUUCUUCGAUUUUUGUUCAGGAAUUUCUGACGAUGGGGAAACCUCGACGACAGAUGUCUUAACAACGGAAAUUCAUACAACUAAAGCAUCGUUGCCAAAUAGGCAUGUCGAAACAACGGUAUUAGUAAAUAAAUCCACUACUGUAUAUUUAUUUCCCACUACAAAACCUACAAAAAAACUUACGACAUAUAUCCCAAAAAUUCCGAAAACCACAAAAAAACUUACAACUUAUAUACCUAAACUUCCGAAACCCACUGUAUAUCUGAAAACUCCUCCGCCUCCGGUGAUAUUCAGAAAAACAACAUCGACUCGAAAACCUCCCUCUACAAAGUCUACAACGUAUAUUCCUGCUAAAACUUUGCCGCCAACUCCCACUAAGCAAUCCGUAACUUUGGAUAUCGUCGACGUCGUCGAUUCCGAAUUGAACGACGAGAUCGACGUCCCGAAACCGACGAAUAACGACGAACCCCUUUACGAGGGUAUAAGCGUGUCGAAAGAAUACAUGUCGGACGAAAUCGAAAACGGCGACGAUGCUCCUUUCACCAGCCACUUCGACGAAUCUCACAAACUCUUCAGUCAAGUACAAGAAAAACAACCGAAUACUCAUUUAGUUAUUAUCUCGAUCGGUAUAUGCGCCGCUAUAAUUGUAACUAGUGCGUUAGUUUUCGUUGCCGUCAAAAGAUAUCGCUCGUCGAGAAGAAUAAUUCAUUCGUCGAACGGCGAAAGUCAAAGUGAUGUCAGAUAUUUGACAAGCGAUGACAUUCUCGAUCUGUCUAUAGCUAACAAUUAUGAAGAAUUAUUGUUAAGUUAAUUGAGAGUUCUGUAUUUUUAUUUCAACUAUUAUUGGCUGAUAAUAAAAUAAAAUUUUUAUCUUGAAACGUUUUUGUUUUAUUCACGGGCUCUAUUCUUUGUU